UAACCGACAGCAACGCCACGAUGCCGCACAACCGGCGGAAGCAGGACGUCCUGAGCGUCCAGAAUGUCCCCAUGGUGGACCGCCCGCCGUCUCCCCCCCGUACGGCUCCGCCCACCAUGAAGUCGGCUCAUUUCUUCGACACGAUGGAGAGAAUGGAGCAGGUUCCUGAAGCUGCAGAGAUGAAGACAGUCCUUCAGAGACAGAAGGAGGACUACGUUCCUUAUCCAAGGAUCGAGGAGGUGUUGGAGCGAGGACCGCCGUACCCUCAGGUCAUCCUGCCUCAAUUUGGGGGGUACUGGAUUGAAGAGCCUGAGGCUCCGCCCACCUCUCAGGUGAGCAACAGUGAGAGGAAGGAGGAAGAUUGUCCCCUGGGGAACUAUGGGUACCAUCUGGAGGAAGUCAACGAGGCUGCGCGGGCAUACAGGAAGCACUUCCUGGGCAGGGAACAUCUGAAUUUCUUCGGCUCAGCCUGCAGUUUGGGAAACCUUCUGCUUUCUGUUAGACACGAAGAGGAGAAUGAGCAGGAAUACCUCCACGUUGUCAUCAGGAGUGGGAUGAAAAGCGUUUAUCACAGAUUGCCUCUGCUGGAGCUGCCGGACAUGCCGAGCGUUCCACAACUGGCCAAGCUGCUGUGGGAGGAAGUGGGGUCACCCCGGUUCACUCCGGUUCUUUACCCAAAGGCAUCUCAUCUGAUCGUUACCUAUGAUGAACAUGAGCUGAACAACACCUUCAAGUUUGGAGUCGUCUACCAAAAAUUAGGACAGGUGUUGGAGGAGGAGCUGUUCUCAAACAUCGAGGAGACGCCGGCCUUCACUGAGUUCCUGCAGCUGCUGGGAGACACGGUUGACCUGCAGGACUUCAAGGGGUACAGGGGCGGUCUGGAUGUGUCUCAUGGUCAGACAGGUUCUCAGUCUGUCUACACCGUCCACAAAGGACAGGAGGUGAUGUUCCACGUGUCGACCAAACUGCCCUUCACUGAGGGAGACACACAGCAGCUGCAGAGGAAACGACACAUAGGAAAUGACAUAGUCACCCUGGUGUUUCAAGAAGAGGCCACGCCCUUUGUCCCGGACAUGAUCGCCUCCAACUUCCUGCACGCCUUCAUUCUGGUGCAGGUGGAGGAGCCGUGCUCGGACCACACCUGUUAUAAGGUGUCCGUCACAGCAAGAGAAGAUGUCCCACCAUUCGGCCCGCCCCUCCAGAAACCAGCAGUCUUUCAGAAGGGUCCAGACUUCAGAGACUUCCUGCUAACUAAACUCAUCAACGCUGAGCUGGCGAGCUACAAGAGCGACCGUUUUGCCCGCCUCGAGGAGCGGACCCGGUCUGCUCUGCUGGACGGCCUCCUGGACGAGCUGCAGAGACGCUCCCAAAGCAUGCUGGGAUUGAGCUCAGGUGUGGAGGAGGAGGGUCGAGGAGAGAAUGGCCACACCCACGGAGGGCUGUUGGAGUCCAUCAAGAGGGCCAUGAAAGGGCGGAGCGUCUCCAUGGAAACAAUGUCAAGGGGCGGGACAGGACUGCCCACCAGUCUGAGUGGGGGAGGCCUGGCACACCUGAGCACUGAGGGUGUGAAAUCUCCAGUGAAAAGACGAUCUGCACUUUUUCCUCGACUGCUGAGCGUCGACAGUCAGACGGAGAAACACCGCAGCCUCCUCUGCGAGCAGCGCAGCUUCGACGGCUGCCACACGACGCUGGAGGUGAGGGCAGGGCUUCUCACCAAUCCCAGCUCUCCAGAGGCGGGGCAACGUGACAGGGCUCAUGUGAAGGAGAGCAGUAAGAUUUCCAGGUCCACCUCCAGCACCUGCACCUUCAGCCUCCCUUCUGACGACGCUCACCUGGUGAGACAAACAGACAAUUUGUUCACAGACAACCAGACUUCCUGUCCACUCAUCAUGUCUCGCAGCCCCACAGAGCUGAAGAACAGAAAUUCUCCCAGAUCUAACCUGAAGUUCCGUUUCGACAGACUGGGUCACUCGGCCGCACAGGGAAACUGAAGGAGGACACUGGGCUGUCAGACAACGACUAGAAGCACCGUCUGUCGACAUCCACAGAAGAAGAGAGUCCACACGCACAAACACACACAGCUGCAGCAC